AUGGAGCAGUCGCUGAAGCAGACGGUUGAUGGGAACCGCAUGAAGACCAAUAACGACGACGAGAUGAUAAUGGUGAUCCAGAAGACCCACUCUCCUGACGGCAAGUAUUUCGAGCUCGAGCUUCUUCUCCAACUCGUCAAGAAAAUGCUCACAGCCACAGCUAACCAGCCAGAAAAUGAAAGCAUGGACGAGAAGGCCUUACAGGAAGCUCUCGGCAUGCCUGAAGCAUUGGCCGCCACCAUACAUAAGAUCUCCUGCGAGUUAUGCUGCAAUUGCUCGGGACGGGAUGAGCUGUCGACAACGUCAGAACUGUUCAAAAAGAUGUCGAGUUACUCCUGGGACACUAAGGUGGUUCUGGCUUUGGCCGCCUUUGCCCUCUUCUAUGGGGAGUUGAACCUGGUGGCGGUGACCUUCUCGGAUCACCCCAUUGCCAAAGCCAUAAAGCUGCUGAAGCAAUUCCCACAAGAAUCGAGACUCUUUCUCUCCUCUCCAAAUACGCUGACGAGUCUUAUCGAGGCCAUUGUCAUCGCGACCAUCAGGGUUGUCAAUUUCAACCGUCAGUUUCCUCGUUACUUCUCCACCCACAGCCACACUGCCGUUUACUGGAUCGUCAGGAGCGUCGUCGCCUGCGCGUUCCACAUCAUGGGCUUCGUUGGCUUGGGUUACAAGUCCAUUCCACAGAUUACUGAUACUGCGGCUACGGAGUUUUCCAGAUUGAAGGACAAGGUCUCUGAAAGUCAGAACCUCCUUGAACGGUGGUACUGGCAGCGCAUUGGGGCGAGGGAACGGGAAGAAAUUUUUUCAACACUUGACCAUCUCUUCCAGUUCGAAACGACCGUCAUUGAUAACACUGAGAUUUUCAAAAUACUGUUUAACGCCAAAGAUGAACAGCAGCCACUUCUUAAAUGCUUCCCCGGCAAACAAGAACGGCAAAAGCAAGCGAUCCUGUAUGAAGUGGUGUGGCUCCGAUUGUUGGACAAGACAAAAGUUAAAGGAGACAUUCAACAUACACAGAUAACGUUACCGUGGUACAUUGUGCACUAUGAUCACAUACCUUCCAUAAACGAGGGGGUGACUAUGUACAUCAAGAAGAAGUGGCUUUUCAAUAAGAAGUCCAUCCUGGUGAUGUUGGACGAACAGGGAAAGAUCGUAAGCCCAAACGCCAUCCACAGGUUGCAGAUCUUUGGAAGGGUUGACUUCAACACGAGGGAGGAAUACAUCUGGAAGAAAGUGAACUGGGGACUUGAAUUCUGGUUUGACUACGUUGACAAUGACAAGGUCAUAUACAAUUGGAUAAUGGAACGGAUAAACGAAGGACGCUACUUUUGCCUGUAUGGAGGAGGAGACUUAGAUUGGAUCCAGACUUUCAGGAAUGAGGUACGAAAGGUGGAGGAUGCGAAUAUCAAAUUUGAGAUGAUGUAAGUUGGGAGGAAAAACCUCAAGGAAAAUGAGAAGAAAAUAUUCGAGGAGAUGAAAAAAGUAGGGAGCAAAUGCUUCCUAGAGACCUACUCAUUCUGGUUCCGGCUGGAGAGCAUGUUUUACUCCAUGAUGCAGAGCAAGAACUCCUUUGAAGAGGACAAUCAGCAAAUGGUGGAUAUCAAGACCAUGCUCUCCUUCAAUGAAAGCGAGAAAGGGUGGGCGCUGAUCAGUAAGGGAUCCACCACCAUGGCCAAAGCCAGUGGUGACAAGAUCAUCAAGUGCUUCCAGCAGUACAAUUCGUGGAAGAAAUUCGCUAUCCAGAAAGGUUUUGUGCAAGCACUCAAUGACCAACUGGAAGAACUCAAAAAGAAGAGCCCAAGUCACUGCAAUCACCUCGCCAUUUCGGAAGCCGCCGGCUGGAUUCCGGAGGGCCUGAAGUGUACCGAUUGUGGCCGCCGUAUGGAGAAGUUGGUCACAUUCCGCUGCUGUAUCGAUUAACUGCUCUCUAUCGGACGGACUCAGCAGCCGCUGCCUACUACUAGUAAGACGACUAUGUCGCGAUAUCCUAUUGUGUGAAGAUAAUAAAUUUGGCAGGGGACAGUGGACACUCCUUCCCUAGCUAAUCUUUGAUGUGUGUUUGUCAAGCUUGUUUCAGUAUUUUCCUUCCUAUCUAGUAAGCUGUGUUUGUGAGCGAUAAUUCCAUUAAUAAUAUCUAAUGCUACUUAUUUACUAGUA